CAAAUUUCUAUCCGUGGUCAGAGACUGCAGUCCGUCUGGCAGUUCGAGAAGGAGGACAGACUUCACACAGCAGCUUCUAAGUGAGUGAGAAUAAUUCAAGCCAGCAAUGGAAGACGACUCCCAGUCAUAUAAGACUAUCUUUUCACUUGGGCCAUUCAAAAUCCGGAAGGUACAAAGUGGGGCUUCCAAAGAGCAAGCCAAUGGGAGCCCCAAAGGCCCAACACCUCCCUCCCAAAUGGAGGAAAAUGGAUCUCUUUCUGCCCCACCGGAUUACGAGACCACAAUGGACGCCUGCCCCCGAUAUGAAUUCUACGCCCUUUCAGCCCCGCCUGGACGUCGGAAGGUUCGGCCCUCGCUGGACAUGCUCAGAAAUGCAACGCCGACUUCACAUGAAGGCGGGGAGAAGGAGGGGGACGAGAAGGAUGUGGAAGCUGACGACGAGCCAGAACCAGAGCCUGUUCGGUUUGGCUGGGUGACCGGUGUCAUGAUCCGGUGUAUGCUGAACAUUUGGGGAGUGAUUCUUUAUCUGCGUUUGCCAUGGAUAACGGCGCAGGCUGGUAUAGGGUUGACCUGGCUGAUUAUUUUAAUGUCAUCUGUGGUGACCAGCAUCACCGGCCUCUCUAUUUCGGCCAUCUCCACCAAUGGCAAAGUCAAAGCAGGUGGUACCUAUUUCCUCAUUUCACGUAGCUUGGGUCCAGAGCUUGGUGGCUCCAUUGGCCUUCUCUUCUCCUUUGCCAAUGCCGUUGCCGUGGCUAUGCAUGUGGUGGGCUUCUCCGAAACUGUCAAGGACCUCCUGGUGGAGUUUGAUGCAGUGAUGACUGACCCGGUGAAUGACAUACGCAUCGUAGGCGUGAUCACCAUCACUGUUCUGCUUGGAAUUGCCCUCGCUGGCAUGGAAUGGGAAGCGAAGGCUCAAGUUGUCUUCUUCUUCGUCAUCAUGAUAUCUUUCAUCAACUACUUCAUCGGAACCAUCAUCCCAGCCUCUGAAGAGCGUCAGUCCAAGGGAUAUUUCAGCUAUAAAGGUGAAAUUUUCCUGGAAAACAUCGUGCCCAAUUGGCGGGGGGAGGAUGGCAGUUUCUUCGGCAUGUUCUCCAUCUUCUUCCCCUCAGCUACUGGUAUCCUGGCUGGUGCCAAUAUCUCUGGAGACCUCAAGGACCCUGCCGUUGCUAUCCCUCAAGGAACUCUGAUGGCCAUCUUCUUGACCACCCUGACAUACCUGGCUAUUGCUGCCACCAUAGGUGCUUGUGUGAUCCGCGAUGCUACUGGCAGCUUGAAUGACACCAUAACAGCUACUAACAUCACAGGGGACUGUGUCGGCUUGGGCUGCGGCUACGGAUGGAACUUCACAGAAUGCACCUUGGAUGGUACCUGCAAAUAUGGACUGGCCAAUGACUACCAGACAAUGAGCAUGGUGUCGGCUUUCAGCCCCCUCAUCACAGCUGGGAUCUUUGCUGCCACCCUGUCUUCUGCUUUGGCUUGCCUCGUCUCCGCUCCCAAGGUCUUUCAGUGCCUCUGCCAAGACAACCUGUAUCCAGUCAUUGGCUUCUUUUCCAAAGGAUAUGGGAAGAACCAGGAGCCUCUGAGGGCUUAUGCCUUGACCUACAUCCUGGCUAUUGCCUUCAUCCUCAUUGCUGAGCUCAACACCAUUGCCCCCAUCAUUUCUAACUUCUUCCUCUGCUCGUACGCCCUCAUCAACUUCAGCUGCUUCCAUGCCACUGUCACCAACUCCCCAGGCUGGAGACCUUCCUUCCGCUACUUCAGCAGAUGGACUGCCCUCUUCGGCUCCAUCGUCUCUGUGGUCAUCAUGUUCCUGCUGACGUGGUGGGCAGCGCUUAUUGUGGUCGGGAUCAUCGUUGUGAGCUUGGCGUACGUCACCUACAAGAAACCAGAGGCAAACUGGGGCUCCUCAGUGCAGGCUGGCACCUACAACAUGGCCCUGUCAAACGCUGUGAACCUGAUCAAUGUAGAAGACCACGUCAAGAAUUUCCGACCACAAUGCCUGGUCCUCUCAGGCCCGCCCAACUUCCGCCCGGCCUUGGUGGAUUUUGUUGGUGCCUUCACCAAGGGAGUAAGCCUUAUGAUCUGUGGAAACAUGCUGGAGUUGCAGGACACCUCGUCUGCUGACGAUUACGACGAACAGCUCCAGUGGAUGAGCUCCCGCAAGGUCCGCGCGUUCUACUCCUACAUCACGACGACAGAUCUAAGAAUUGGGGCUAGAAACCUCAUGCAGGUCUCAGGCCUGGGCCGUCUCAAACCCAACACCCUCAUCCUGGGCUACAAGAACAAUUGGCAGACAGACACUCCCCACAGCCUGGAGAGCUACGUGGGCACAAUACAUGACUGUUUUGACCUCAGUGCUGGGGUGUGCGUGCUCCGGAUGCGUGACGGACUGGACGUGUCACGGACGGUGAAGGCCCAAGUGAACAUGGGCUUUGAGGAUCCUGAAGCCGCCCUGGGCCAGGAGAAGAAGCGUGAGGCAUUCAAAGUCAUUGGUGCUGACAAGCUCCUCGAGACGGUGUUCCAAGGCAAACAGAAGAAGAAGAACAUUGACAUAUACUGGCUCUUCGAUGAUGGUGGGCUGACCCUUCUCAUCCCCUACCUCCUCACCCGCCGAAAACGCUGGAGUCGUUGCAAAGUCCGGGUCUUCAUCAGUGGGCAGAUCGCCAAUGCUGAAGAGCAAAAAGAAGAUAUUCAGUGUUUGUUGAGCAAGUUCCGCCUGGGCUUCAACGAGGUUGUGGUAUUGCCUGAAAUAAUGUGGAAACCAGAAGAGACAAGUAUCAAAGAGUUUGAGGAUCUCAUUGCCCCGUUUCGCCUCAACGAGGGCCAGCGAGGCCAAGAAGCCGUGGAAGGGAUGAGAAAAGACGCGCCCUGGAAAGUCACCGACGAAGACCUCAGAGUCUACAAGAGGAAGACCGAACAGCACAUCCGCCUUCACGAGAUCCUGCAGGAUCAUUCACGCAAUGCAGCCCUUGUCGUCAUGAGCCUCCCCGUGGUCCGAAAAGGGGCCUGCCCGAGCUCCCUCUACAUGGCCUGGCUGGAGACGGUCUCCAAGAACCUACACCCGCCGGUCGUCUUCAUCCGGGGUAACCAGCAGGAUGUACUAACAUUUUACUGCCAGUAGAGGGCAGCAGCAUUUCAAGAGAGCACCACGCAGGAGAUAAGAAGGACCCUGCUGCAUUUGAAAGCCCAUUGCUGUGGGAAUAUGUGGCGAACAUCCAACGGGGGUUCGGCUGUACGUGCAAAGAUGUGAACGGACCGUCUCUGAGAAGCAGGGAAGGGAUAUGAAUCACAACUUGGCAUCGUUAAAAGAUUUCUCUUCUUUUCCCCUGGAUUUUACCCAGCGGACUGUUACCUACUAUAACAACCUCCUUGGGUUCUGUGCCUAAGUAAGGGGCUAUCUGUAAA